UCAUUUCUUCAAGAACCGCCAAGAAAAUUCUAUAAUGAGAAAACCCACCGUCUUUGUCUUACGACAUUUGCUAUUCUUCUCCUUCACCUUCUUCGCCACCAUCGUCCGCUCACAGCAAAUUCCUCGCCAAGAGGCCAAUUACCGGAGUUUUGUAAUCAACGCGACUCGCUUCCCAUCCGAGGAAUACUUCGACUACAUCAUCGUCGGCGGCGGUACGGCCGGGUGCCCCCUGGCGGCGACCCUGUCACGUGCGUUCCGCGUGCUCGUCCUGGAGCGCGGCGGAGUACCUUACGGCGACCGAAACGUGAUGUUCCAAGAGGGUUUCUUGACGGUGCUGGCCGACGCCGACGCGUACGACUCGCCCGCGCAGGCCUUCACCUCGGAGGACGGCGUCCCAAACUCCCGCGGCCGUGUUCUUGGCGGGAGCAGCGCUGUAAACGCCGGCUUCUACAGCCGAGCAGAGGAAGGCUUCUUCGCCAACUCGGGCAUUAACUGGGACCGCAAAAUGGUCAACGAUUCCUUCGAGUGGGUGGAGAGGAAGAUCGUGUUCAGGCCAGAGCUCAAGACAUGGCAAAUGGGGGUUCGAGAUGGGCUACAAGAAGCAGGUGUCGACCCCUAUAAUGGGUUUACGUUAGAUCAUACAACGGGGACCAAGAUCGGUGGCACCAUAUUCGACAGUUUCGGGAGAAGACACAGUGCUGCCGAUCUUUUAUUCUACUCAAGACUAAGCAACCUCAAAAUUGUGGUGUAUGCAAGUGUGGAGAAGAUCCUUAUGGCCUCGAACAGUUAUCCCGGUUCGCACAAAUCAGCAACCGGAGUCGUUUUCAGGGACAGAAGAGGAAGGUGCCACAACGCCAUGGUGAGAGGAAACGGUGAAGUACUGCUCUCCGCCGGAGCAAUCGGUACUCCUCAGCUGCUUAUGUUAAGUGGGAUUGGUCCAAGAAACUACCUUUCCUCAUGGAGAAUCCCGGUCGCCCAUGAUCUUCCCUACGUGGGAAAAUUCUUCUACGACAAUCCCAGGAACAGUAUCUCAAUCGUGCCGCCAAUGCCUUUAGAACAGUCACUGAUUCAAGUGGUGGGAAUCACUCCCUCCGGUGCUUACAUCGAAGCAGCCUCAAAUGUCAUCCCUUUCGCCGCCCCAGCCCGAACAGUCUUCAUCCGGACCCCAUCUUCGCCGCUCUACCUCACCGUGGCCACGCUCAUGUCGAAGAUCAACGGGCCCUUAUCGAUUGGCUCGUUCUCGCUAGCUUCCACUGAUGUUAGAGUCAACCCCAUUGUUAGGUUCAACUACUUCCACAACCCUGUGGACUUGGAGAAGUGUGUGAAUGGGACUCGGACCAUUGGAGAUGUGCUGAGGAGUAGCUCCAUGGAUGAGUUCAAGUUCAGGGAUGGGCUUGGCAAUAGGGAGUUUCGAUUCAUUGGGCCUCCAUUGCCGGCUGAUCAGUCCAACUUUGAGGUCAUGGCAGAUUUCUGUAGAAGGACUGUUAGUACCAUUUGGCACUAUCAUGGCGGAUGCCUAGUUGGGAAGGUGGUCGAUGGUGAUUUCAGAGUCUUUGGUAUCAAUUCGCUGAGAAUCGUCGAUGGUUCGACGUUUGUGGUUUCGCCGGGGACUAAUCCUCAGGCUACUGUUAUGAUGCUUGGAAGAUAUGUUGGUUUAAAGAUAAUCCGAGAAAGAAUGAAAGGAAAAUGAUUUGAGUUUUUCUUUUAUUUUAAGUUUUUUAACUCAGCUUUGAGUACUUUUGAUUUGGUUGGUUCUUUUUUAUUCUUUUAUUCUUUUAGGAAAAGAAGAUUGGAAUGAUGUAAAUGUUAAUGUAAAUGUAGUACUACUACUUCAAAUGCUCUUAACAUGUAACUCAAAAAUUUUGACCUUUU